GUAUUACACAAAUAAACAGGUGACCAGUCUGAAAUUUACCUAAAAAAUUCCAAAAGAAAACAAAUUUACCUAAAGAGGAUUUGGAUGAAUAGAAGCGGUCUGCACCUGGAAUAGCAAAUUUAGCAGAGCAAACAAAGAAGGAAAUGAAGCGAUUACCUCCAAACACCUUCAAACCAUGACUCACCAAUCUGCCAAUUAGGGAUAGCCUUUAAACGGAAUAUCGGUGACUGCCGCCGCCAUUUGGGGUUUCAUUUGAAGCUCACCUCUUUCUUUUCCUUUCGCUUAAUUUCAAGAUAUGGGUAAGCUUCAUUCUUCAUUGCUUCUUCGUCAUAUUGUUAAUGGUGGAAGGAACUUUUCUAAUUUCCACUCUUCAUUUUCUUGUUAUUUUAACACCAUUUCUCCCCAUAUCUCUGCAAGGGGAAACCAAAAAAAGUAUGAUUGCUUCUAUAACGUGGAUGAUGCUUUGACUUUGUUUAAUAAGAUGGUUGCGAAGCACCGAAAGCCUUCAGUUGUGGAAUUCAACAAAUUAUUAGGAGCCAUUGUUAGAAUGAAACAUUAUGCCAUUGUUGUUUCUAUGUAUAGCCAGAUGGAAUUAUUAGGAGUUUCCUAUGACAUUUAUUCUUUCAACAUCUUGAUUAAUUGCUUUUGUCAAUUAGGUUAUAUUGAUUUUGGGUCUUCUGUUUUGGGGAAAAUGAUGAAGGUAGGUGUUCAACCUGAUGUUGUAACUUUGUCCACUUUGAUUAAUGGACUUUGUAAGCGAAUUCUUAAUGGUUUGUGCAAGACCGGGAAUACUGAUCGAGCUCUUAGGUUUCUAAGAAUGAUGGAAGGAAGAGGUUUCAAACCCAAUAUUGUAGCAUAUAGCACUGUCAUUGACUGUUUUUGUAAGAAGGGGUUACUAAGUGAGGCUCUUGAUCUUUUCUCCAAAAUGAAAGUUAAGGGAAUUAGACCAAAUAUUGUUAUUUACAAUUGUUUAAUUCAUGGUGUGUGUAACUUGGACCAGCAGAAGGAGGCAACAACGCUUUUGAAUGAAAUGGCGGGUAACAAUAUUUCUCUUGAUAUUGUCACGUAUAAUAUAUUGAUAGAUGCACAUUGCAAGAAGAGGAUGAUUUCUGAAGCUGUAGAUACUGUUGAUGCAAUGAGAAAGCAAGGCAUUGAACCUAAUGUUGUCACAUUCAGUAUAUUGGUUGAUGCACAUUGCAAAGAGGGAAUGGUUUCUAAAGCUGAAGAUAUUGUUGAUACAAUGAGAAAGAAAGGCAUUGAGCCUGAUGUUGUCACAUAUAAUGCAUUAAUAAAUGGUCAUUGCUUGCAAAACAAAAUGGAUGAAGCUAGAAGAGUAUUUCAGUUGAUGAGUAAGAAGGGUUGUGCACCCGCUAUACGUAGUUACAACAUCAUGAUCAACGGAUAUUGCAAAGCUAAAAGGGUAGAUGAAGCAAUGGAACUCUUUCACGAAAUAUCACAGAAAGGACCAACCCCUGAUAUUGUCACAUACAGCAUUCUUAUGCAAGGAAUGUGUGAAUUAGGGAGACUUUCAUCUGCAUUGAAACUUUUUCGAGCAAUGCUGAAGAGUGGGUUGGAACUCGAUAUUGUCUCUUACACUAUCCUAAUUGAUGGCUUUUGCACAGCUGGGCGUAUUGAAGUUGCAAAGGAAUUAUUUCUUCAACUCUCAGUCAAUGGUUUAAAACCUGAUGUUUACACAUAUGGUAUAAUGAUUAAUGGAUUCUGUAAAAAGGGAUUGCCAGAUGAAGCAUACCAGUGGUUUAGGAGCAUGGGGAAUAAUGAUUGUUUGCCUGAUAGCUGCUGUUAUAAUGUAAUGAUACAGGGGUUUUUUCGAAAUAGCUAUACCUCAGAGGCAACACAACUUCUUGUGGAAAUGGUCAGUAUGGGCUUUUCUGCAGAUUUAUGCACUGCUACAUUAUUUGUGGAUCUCAUCUUACAGUCUAAUAAAUCAAUCUUGAUUUGAAAAAUGUCUAACAGGUAGUGUAAAGAUUGUCACUUGCGAAUGUGAAUUAUUUUGUUCAUACUGCUGUGAUAAGAGUUUCUAGAAACUGCAAUGAGUGAGUCUUAAGACUCUUUGCCAAUGCCAUUCCUUACUCUCUUUUUUUUACAUUGUAUAAUGUAUUGGGGUUUUCCUCUGAAACUAUUACAUAACCUUGACAAUUAUUUUUGAAUAAUGGAAA